UUAUGUUAAUAUUCAGCCGCUUAUCAUAGACUAAUUUAUCAAAUUGCGGUGUGUUAGGUUUGUUUACAUUUACAAGGCUUCGGGAUUUCUACUUCAAAUCAAAGGAUCGACACCACAGAAUGUCUUUGAUCGCUGUUUACGGGCAUUGGACUAUUGGAUUAGCUGUUUUUAUACUUUCCCUGGCGACCAGAAGCUCAGGACAACUUUGGACUUUGGCAAAUGAAGGAAUCGAAUUAGAAGAAAGUCGUCCUGUUAAAUGUCAUAAUUUACGCGGACUGUCUAGAAAUCAGAGGUCUCUAUGUCACCGAUACAAUGACCAUAUGCCUUACGUAAACAUGGGUGCACGGAACGGCUUGGCAGAAUGCAAACAUCAAAUGCAAGAAAGUAGAUGGAAUUGUAGCACAUCACCUGAAACGAAUCCAGAAAAAUCCAUUACAGUUGGGAGCAAAGAAGUUGCCUUUUCCUACGCCAUCACGUCAGCUGGAGUUGUUCAUGCAAUUGCAAGAGCGUGCAAGAACGGAGAACUCAAAGCUUGUGGUUGCAGUAAGCACAGUCGGCCCGAUGGACUAUCUAACGAUUGGUCUUGGGGAGGGUGUGGCGACGACACAGACUACGCCUAUGGUUUUGCACAUGAAUUCAUAGAUGCACGUGAAAGAGAAAGUCAAUCACCACAGGAUAAGAAGACAAAAUCCCGCCGGACAAUGAAUAUACAUAACAAUGAAGCUGGACGAGUGAGUGUUGUCAGAGCCACGAGACCUACUUGCAAAUGCCAUGGAGUGUCUGGUUCUUGCAGUUUAAAAACUUGCUGGAUGCAAGUACCUGACUUCAGAGAUGUCGGUGAUAGGUUACGACAAAGAUACCAAGGUGCCGUGGAGAUGAAAGUCACUCAUCGUGGACAACUCAAAACAAGAUGGGGAAAUAUAGCAUCACCAACCAUUGUCGACCUCGUAUUUCUAGACUCCUCGCCAGAUUAUUGCAACCCAAAUCCAAAAAUGGGGGUCAUGGGUACUUCUGGUCGUGAGUGUAACAAAGACUCAACUGGAAUGGACGGAUGCGGACUUAUGUGUUGCGGACGCGGUUUCGUGACACGCGAAGUUGAAACCGUCAAGCCUUGUCAUUGCAAAUUCCAGUGGUGCUGUUAUGUAAAAUGCCAGCAAUGUACGGAAACAGUGCUCAAACACAUUUGCAAUUGAGGUUUUUGUUUGGUAUUAACUACUCUGCACUAGUGUUCCAUGUAGGCACAAAUGCCUCCUGAUAAAUGAAGCCGUAUUGUGGCGUUGCACGUCCGAAGUUUAGAAUCCGAGAAAAUACAAGGUGUAGGAAAAGAAUAUUUCUUGUAAAUAAGAACGUCCUCCAAGCACACAGAAAAAAUGGACAACAGUAUAAACACUGCUAUUCAAAUAAGUGAAAUGCAGAUGUAUAGAAACUACAAAAAUGAUGUUAACCUCAAACUGUCUUUUCUCAUACGUGACUGUUUAUUGGUCAUUCCGGUACAUCAUCUAUUUAACUUUGUUUUAUUGAUUUUUAUUUUUAUCCGUGUUUUACCAAAUUUUGCACUUCAGUCUAAGCAUUUUCUCAAAAAGCGUUUUAAGAAUAAAUAUGUGUUAUGUAAAAUUUGAUCUGGACUGCCUUUGAAAUUUUUCUGUCUAAUUACAGUUGCCUGCUUUAUUUCACCAAGACAUACAGAAAGCAUGAUCCAAAUACAAGCACAUCAUUAGUUAUCCUCUUAUUUCACAAAUGGGGUUGAAUUAGAUUGCACUUUGUGAUUUGGAGUUUUUGCACGUUUUUUGCACCCGUUAAUCACGAUGAUAAAACCACUGAUAAAACAUUGUUUUCAAUAGCACUCUUUGUACUCCUCCUGCUCCUUCGAUCACCAUUUGCACAUAAGUUUAUUGACAUGACGAAAUAGGGCCUAUUCACAUAAUGUGAAUAAUUACAGUUUAUAGAACCGUAUACUUCUAUUGAAGCGUACAAAUUAAAUCCAAUUACCUUAAAAUUGCCAAUAAUUUCCUUUCAUUCAACACAUUAGCUAAACCCGCUACGAUGUCAACUUUAUGAUUUACUUUUGAGUGUUGGUUUAUCUUCGCAUUUGUAUUGCUGUUUAUUUUGAUUGCUUUUUGAUUAUUGUUGCUCGCUUUUACUAUAUUUUAUAUUUAUGAAACUUGUUCGCAAAUAAACUGCCAAAACAUCA